AAUUGUGGCAGCUGAUGACAAGAAAGUAAAUGGGGGCGUGGAGCAGGGUGAGUUCUUUCGAGAGUCGAUGCUGAAGAGCGGGAAUGUGAUGCCAAUGCCCGACCUCCGGGAUAACUUGCCAAAAAGGUCAUUUUUGCCUCGCCGCAUUUCCUCCGAACUGCCGUUCUCAACCUCAAAGCUCGCUGAGCUGAAGCAAAUCUUCCAUGCCAUUGAAAAUUCCACUAUGGAGAAGAUCAUGGCACAAACGCUAGGCCUGUGCGAGGGUACAGCACUCCAAGACGAAACCAAGAGGUGUGUGGCCUCCAUCGAGGACAUGAUCGACUUCGCCACCUCGGUUUUGGGUCAUGACGUCAUGGUCCGAUCCACGGAGAGUGCCAGAGGGUCGAAGCGGGAGGUCUUGAUCGGAGUGGUCAAGAUGAUCGAGGGCAGCGAAGUGAGCAAGCCCGUGGCCUGUCACCAGAGUCUAUUUCCUUACAUUGUCUAUUACUGUCAUGCAUUUCCAAACGUCCGAGUUUACGAAGCAGACAUACUAGAUCCCAAAUCCAAGGCUAAGAUCAAUCACGGUGUCGCCAUCUGUCAUAUGGACACAUCUACUUGGCCCCCCGCCCACGAGUCAUUUCUGUUGCUUGGAUCGGGUCCUGGCAAGAUCGAGGUCUGCCAUUGGAUAAAUGAGAAUACCAUGAUGUGGACAAUUGCCAAGUCAUAAUGGAAGAACGAAGUGUGGUCAAGAUGGAAUAAACAUGGGUUCGGCCUGGUGAUCAAGAGAGAACUUGGUCUCUAGCUACCUCCAACCGAAAGCCUCUCUUGCUUUGCAUUACAGUCUAAUAUAGUAUCUGAAUCCAAUAUCAAUAACAACGUGUUUGUGUUUGGUGUGAGACAGUUGUUAUGGUCAGUAAAUGUCAAGUGUUUUUUUCGGUGAUU